AUGCGUGCCAAUGCAGUGAUUCUUGUAAGUACUGUAAUAAUGACGUCAUCGACAACAAAUGCUCAAGCCCUAGUCGUCUACGAUGACAACCAAACUCCACUGAAACGAUUUGCCGAAAGAGAAAAACAUCUGGAAAUUGGCCCGUUCAAAAUUCGCCUACAACAAAAUUGGAACGAGAACGGAGUGGCUGGUGUUUUGUGGGACUCGGCUAUCGUCUUGUCUGAGUAUCUCGUCCGAAAUGAUGUUGUUCGCGGCCGUCGCGUCCUGGAACUUGGUGCCGGUACCGGAUUACCUUCAAUAGUUGCCGCCAAGCUCUUUGCGCGCCAUGUCACAGCAACAGAUCAACCAAUGGCUCUCCCUCUGUUAAAUAAAAACAUCAAAUCAAAUCUUGGCCAGGAUCAGUUGUCCGCCGUCACGGUCCUCCCAUUGGACUGGACGAACGUACCAGCGGGGGAGCAGUUAACCUUCGAUGUUAUUCUAGGAGCUGAUCUGGUCUAUAAUGAACGAGUUUUCGAAGAUCUGCGAAGAAUCAUGAAACGGCUUAUUAACGGGGAUACGGUAAUGUUGAUGGCGUCUAAGAUACGAUAUCCUAAGGACAAGCGCUUCUACGAUACGCUAGAGGACGAGUUUUCUGUAAGACGAGUGUAUUAUGACCACGCUACAGAUGUGGUUUUGUAUCGUAUCACUCGAAAGCGGGAAGAUCUGUAA